GUAUCUAUUUGAGUAGAAUCAGAUGCGAGUAUUCUGUGUCACAUUUAGCCUACAAUUUUUACUAUCCGUCUCGCUAUCUCAUUUUUUGAACGAGACGAAUGAAGUAGUUUGUAUCACGUUGUAGGUUAAGAUUGUAACAAUUAUAUUUUUGUAGCAUAAUAUCUAUGGUUGCAACGUGAUAACGAACAAUCCUGUGCCCUCAUAAUCUUUGACAUUGGGGUUCAUUUUCAGAGCAGUGUUUAAAGACUACAAGAAUGUGACAGUGAUACACUUCUUCCUACUUCCAAAACGCUUCCGCUGUCAUCUUAAAGAAACACACCGCCUCUCAUCAAGCAUCAUCAUUAUUUGAUUUGAUAUUAUUGGAGUGGAUCGGGGUGAUAAAGUUGGUAUUGUGAUAGGCUGGGGCGGAUUAGAAUGACCCUGAUUCGCUGUUGUCUCUGAACCCUUUCUGGCACGUAACAAAGGCUCAGCGGUGACUGUUACUUGUGUUCUACCAGCUGCGACACUCGGUGCUCGAUUGCUUUCGACUGUAAGGACCAUGGCGGAUUCAUGGGAUAAUGUUACAAUUCCUGAGUUCAACUCCCUUCUUCAAAUGGAUCCCUACCUCAAACAGUACGAAAAGGACUUCAGGAGGAGGUAUGGGCUGUUUGAGAAGCGUCUGUUCCUUCUGGAGGAGGCAGAAGGGGGCUUUGAUCAGUUCACUAGAAGCUACAGGACCUUUGGCGUGAACCGCAUGGCUGACAACAGACUGGUGUUGAGGGAGUGGGCCCCAGCCGCGGAGGCCCUGUUCCUUACUGGAGACUUCAAUGGUUGGGACAACUUCUCUCACCCGUACGAGAAGAAAGAGUUUGGAAAAUGGGAACUGUGUCUGCCUCCCAAGCAUGACAAGUCACCAGCCAUCGAACACAACACCAAACUCAAGGUUGUGGUCCACACUAAGAAAGGGGAGCGUCUGUACCGUAUUUCACCUUGGGCCAAGUACGCCAUCCAGGCCGAGAAACAAGUCAUCUAUGACUGGGUCCACUGGGACCCUCCUCAACCUUACCUGCACAUCCACCCUCGUCCCAAGAAGCCCCAGAGUUUACGGAUCUACGAGUCCCACGUGGGCAUCGCCUCACCUGACCCUAAAGUCGCCUCCUACACCAACUUCACAACCAAUGUCCUGCCUCGAAUAAAAGACUUGGGGUACAACUGUAUUCAGCUGAUGGCUGUCAUGGAGCAUGCAUACUAUGCCAGCUUUGGUUAUCAAGUCACAAGCUUCUUUGCUGCAUCCAGUCGUUACGGGACACCAGAGGAGUUGAAGCAGCUGAUUGACACCGCCCACUCCCUGGACAUCGUCGUCCUAUUGGACGUGGUCCAUAGCCACGCCUCCCAGAACACGGAGGAUGGGCUGAACUCUUUUGAUGGCUCCGACUCCUGCUUCUUCCACUCCCCUCCUCGCGGGGAGCAUGCUCUCUGGGGCAGCCGCCUCUUCAACUACUCCAGCUGGGAGGUGCUGAGGUUCCUGCUGUCUAACCUGCGUUGGUGGAUGGAGGAGUAUCGUUUUGAUGGCUUCAGGUUCGAUGGGGUGACGUCCAUGAUGUACCAUCACCAUGGCAUUGGCAGUAUGUUUUCAGGAGACUACUCUGAGUACUUUGGUCUUCAGGUGGAUGAAGAUUCCCUGGUCUAUCUGAUGACAGCUAAUCAUGUCCUGCACACCCUGUAUCCUGACUGCAUCACCAUCGCAGAGGACGUAUCAGGGAUGCCAGCUGUGUGCCGGUCCGUGGCAGAGGGAGGGUUGGGCUUCGACUACCGUCUUGCCAUGGCCAUUCCAGAUAAAUGGAUCCAGAUUCUGAAGGAGUUAGCAGACGAGGCCUGGGACAUGGGUAACAUUGUCUACACUCUGACAAACAGACGAUAUGGAGAGAACUGCAUCGCGUACGCAGAGAGCCACGACCAGUCUCUGGUAGGUGAUAAGUCCCUGGCCUUCUGGCUGAUGGAUAAAGAGAUGUACACCAACAUGAGUUCCCUGAUCCCCAUGACUCCCGUCAUCGACCGAGGCAUCCAGCUACAUAAGAUGAUCCGCCUCCUCACACACGCUCUGGGGGGAGAGGGCUACCUCAACUUCAUGGAUCAGAUUAAAUACUAA